AAUUCGAAUUACAAAUGUAUACUGUUGAUAAAGAUGGCGAUCCAAGUGACGAGAGGUUAUCGUACAGAAAACUCAGUGAACCUACAAUAUGUAAAUUUACUUGGAAAUCCAAGUUAUUUGAGAACAUUGAGCAUAAACAUAUAUUGAGAUGGUCUGUUGCCGUAUCAGAUAAAUCAACUAGCUCACCAGAAUUUAGAUUAUUAGCAAUAUCUUGCAUCAACGUUAAAGUUUUGGAAUCUUUUAAGCAAAUCAUUGAUAAAACACAUACAAAAAAAGAGACUAACGAUCAUGGAUUGACCUUUGUUUUCAUGAUUAAAAAUUUUGAAAGUAAAAAUUCUGGUUAUUCAAUUGCACCUAUUGAUAAUAAAGAAUUACCAAUUGAAUAUGGUGGAAUAGUUGAAUUAUUUUCUGAAAAAGAUAAUAGUAUUAGUAGUCAAAAUGACGAAAAGGAUAAUGAUGGAUAUUUCCUUAUUAUCCUAACACUUUCAGGGGUCUACAAAUAUCAUAUUAAGAAUAAAUCU